UUGUAUCCUGUACUUGUAGGUUGUUUGACAGGGAGUGGAGAUGUUGUUCACAAUGCAACCUGGCAGGAGGAUGAUUGUACUUCCUGUAGAUGUGUGAAUGGAAAAGCAGAGUGCAAGUCUAUGUUUUGUGAGACCAGAUGUUCCAGCCCCAGGAGAAUCUCUGGCCAGUGCUGCCCUGUCUGUGAUGGUAACUAAAUGGUUACUCAGCUCUGCCAUCCAUUACCUUCCAGUCAUGCACCUUUCAGAUGAUGAUUCCUUCAGGAAGAGAGAUCAGUGUCCAGAUCUAAACAAAUGUUCCCUGAACUGUCUAAGUGGCUUCCAGCUCAACGAAGAAAGUUGCUACAUUUGUAAAUGCAAGCCAGCUAAUUGUUACUUAGACUGCAAGGAUGGUUACAAACUGGACUCCAAAGGAAUGGAAAUUUGUGAGUGCGCCAAACCUUAUUCUAUCUGCCCAUCGCUGGAAAACUGUAAAAAACAAUGUACAUACGGACUAAAAGUGGCUAACAAUGGUUGUCAGAAGUGUAGCUGUAACAAGUGUCCACCAUUUUCAUGUGGCAAAAAGUGUGCAAAUGGUUACACGGAAAAUCAUCAGGACUGUAAACUUUGUAAAUGUAAAGAUAACAGUAGACUUAAUAACACUCCCUCCAGAUAUGAUUCAAAGCAUACAGGAAAGUCCUGCUUGUCUGUAGAAGGUCAGCUCCAUGAGGAUGGGGAUUCCUGGCAUGACGGGUGUCGGAUGUGUUACUGUUAUGGGGGGCAGGAGAUGUGUGCCCUGAUAUCCUGCCCACACCCCUCUUGUACAAGCCCUGUUUUCAGGCUUGGAGACUGCUGUCUUUCCUGUCCUGGAAAUAUUGUUUUACCCCAUAAAGGCAAAAGGGAAAUGUGCGAGUCUCUGAAUGGACGUUACUUUGUGGAGGGGGAGACUUGGUACCUAGACAACUGCACUCAGUGUUUGUGUCACAGUAGCAGCAUCCUGUGUGAGACUCAGGCCUGCCCCCCUCUGCUGUGUAGCUAUCCCACAAUCCUACCCAACACCUGUUGCCCAGUCUGCCAAGGUCAGGAGGAAGACAAGUCUUUGAAAACUUUCAGUCUCCCUCAUAAGGGUAUCUGUCACACCAACAAUAGGUUUGUUUACAGUGACGGGGAUGUGUGGAAGACUAAUCCCUGUCAGAGUUGUACAUGUAGAAGUGGUCAGGUCCACUGUGUCUCCCAGGUCUGUCCAGCAGUCACCUGCCCCAAGUCAGUCCUACGCAAAGGCAGCUGUUGUCCAACUUGUCUAGACUUGAGCCAUCAGAAAGUAUGUACAGAUGAGGGAGUAAAAUAUACCUCAGGAGAGCACUGGUUGAGGAACAACUGUACAAAAUGUUAUUGUAUUGAUGGCAAAAUUGUGUGUGUAGAGCAGUCGUGUCCCACCAUACAUUGUAAAUACAUGACCAGCAUACCUGGAGAUUGCUGUCCUGUUUGUUUAGAUGAACAAACAACAAUAGAAGAACAAACUCUGCCAGAGCCUGGCCCUUCUGUGAUUGUUAAAGAAGAGGCAGAAAAAGAUCCAAUCAAGAACAAUAAGAAUGCAACAACCAUUAUCAUAUGUGUGUUAGCAGCCAUGGUGAUCAUUCUCUUACUGUUACUUGUGUUUUUCUUUCUGUUCAAAUAUGGAAAAUGGAAAUCAGUAAACAAGAAAUAUUCACCGAAAUCUGUAGACAUUGAAAACAUUCAUCCUGUACAGGUAAAAUUGCUGGGUUAUGAGAUGUCUGUAAAGCCAGUAAAGAAAUCUGAACAAUCAUGGAAUCCUGAUUUGUUGCCUGUCUCCAAACUAAAUAAUGAGGAGAAACAUGUCAAUUUACUUAGUCAGGAGUUUGAUAAAACAAAACUGUGUCAAAUUUGAUGAUGGCUUUUUCUGAUAACAUUGGAAAUAUCAAAGCAAAGUAGAUUGUGAAAAGGAUAAACAAACUUCAUGACACUGUUGUAUAUCUGUUGUAUAAAAAAGAUAUCACUCAUCAAAGAACAUUGAUUAAUUCUAUGCCACUGUCCCCAUUUUCAGUUUUGGCAGUGUCCUGUAGACAAAGAUUGAACUAUUUACUUGGAAAAAAUUGUAAAUUUCUCCUGUAUAAUAAAAUGUUUCUACUGUGUAGAUAAAAAUGAAUUUCUGAAGUCAUUUGAUAUUCAUGUACAGAGUUUGAUACUUGCAAAUAAUAUGUCCUACAAACUUAUUAGAGUUUUCAAAAUUUUCACUGUUCAUAUUUCUUUACCUAGCUGUUUUAUAUAGCUCAUUGUUAACCCCAUAACUUGCAAAGCAAGACAUAUUUUUUCAUUUACUUAUUUUCAAACUUUAUGUUUUAGUCAUAUGUCAUUGAAUUGAAUUUAUGGAAAUUUAAAUGCGCUAAUUAGAGGUAUUAAUUACAUGUAAAAUAAGUUGAAACACCUACGUAAAAUUUUGAUAUUUGUGUUGAUAGUUUCUUAGAAUAUUUAUGAAAAAUGAAAGAGAAGAAGCAUUAUGGAUUUGAAUUGAUGUAACUGCCAAGCAGUUUUUAGCUCACCUGAGCCGAAGGCUCAAGUGAGCUUUUCUGAUCAAAAUUUGUCCAUCGUCUGUUGUCGUUGUCGUUGUAAACUUUUUACAUUUUCAUCUUCCUCUCAAGAACCACUGGGCCAAUUUCAACCAAACUUGCCACAAAGUAUCCUUAGGUGAAGCAAUCUAAUUAAAAUCAGACUUCUUAGAUCCGUGCCGUAUUCACUCUG